AGGGAAGGGGAAUAGGAAAGAAAGGCUAAACCUGCACCAAAGCGCUGUGUGCGGUGGAGAACGUGGUAAGGAAGUGUGUGCAUGCCUCUGAACUCUGAGUGGUUGUCAGCUCUGUAACCUUCGCCUCCCACUGGGUGGAGUAGGGCCUUUAAGAGCAGCUGGAAUGCAGUUACCCUGAUCAGCUUAGCCAGUUGUUGCCUGUCUGAACCUCUGCCAGUCUGGAGAGCAGUGCUCAGACCUUAAACCUCAGUGCUCAGCGGGCCUCUUUGUACACCCUCGCUGCCAACCUUCUCGCCCCAGAAAGAAGAGCUCCCGGCAGGAGAGAUUGUUCCCACCUGUCCAACCAUGGGAGAGGAUGCUGCACAAGCAGAAAAGUUCCAGCACCCGAGUUCUGACAUGCUCCAGGAAAAGCCACCAAGCCCCAGCCCGAUUCCCUCCUCCACGCCAAGUCCCAGUCUGAACCUGGGGUGCACAGAGGAGGCCAUCCGGGACAACUCGAAGGUAAAUGCCGUCACGGUGCACACGCUCCUAGACAAGCUGGUGAACAUGCUGGACGCUGUGCAGGAGAAUCAGCACAAGAUGGAACAGCGGCAGAUCAGCCUGGAGGGCUCCGUGAAGGGCAUCCAGAACGACCUCACCAAGCUCUCCAAAUACCAGGCCUCCACCAGCAACUCCGUGAGCAAGUUGCUGGAGAAAUCUCGAAAGGUCAGCGCCCACACUCGCGCUGUCAAGGAGCGCAUGGAGAAACAAUGCGCGCAGGUGAAGCGACUGGAGAAUAACCACGCUCAACUCCUCAGACGCAACCAUUUCAAAGUACUCAUCUUCCAGGAAGAAAAUGAGAUCCCUGCCAAUGUGUUUGUGAAAGAGCCAGUUCCCAGCCCAGUGGAAGGGAAGGAGGAGCUCGCUGAUGAGAACAAGUCCCUGGAGGAAACCUUGCACACGGUGGAUCUCUCCUCAGAUGAUGAAUUAGCCCACGAGGAGGAGGCCCUGGAAGACAGUACAGAGGAAAAGAUGGAAGAAAGUAGGGCAGGGAAAAUAAAAAGAUCCAGCCUCAGGAAAGUAGAUAGCCUCAAGAAAGCAUUUUCCCGCCAGAACAUUGAGAAAAAGAUGAACAAGCUGGGGACAAAGAUCGUAUCUGUAGAGAGGAGAGAGAAGAUUAAGAAAUCUCUCACAUCCAAUCACCAGAAAACAUCCUCAGGGAAAAGUUCCCCCUUCAAGGUUUCUCCUCUCACUUUUGGUCGAAAGAAAGUCCGAGAGGGAGAAAGCCCAGCAGAGAAUGAGAGCAAGUCUGAAGACAUGCCAAGCAGUGAGCAGAUGCCAAAUGACCACGAGGAGAGCUCCUUUGCAGAGGGUCUUUCUGAAGCAUCACUCCCCAGCUCUCUCCUGGAAGGGAAGAACACAGAAGGGGAUGCCUUGAGAGAGAACAGCUCUGGGAUGGACAGCAAUAUCGACUUGACAAUCGUGGAAGAUGAAGAGGAGGAGUCGGUGGCCCUAGAACAGGCACAGAAGGUGCACUAUGAGAGUGGCUACAUGCUAACCUCUGAGGUGAUCGAGCAGUCAGAUGAGGAACCCGUGCAGCCAGCUGUGCUCCAGGUGAACCAGACGGCCUGAACCUGGAGUGAAGGGCCCCCAGCCUGUGCCCCAGUUAAGUGGGCAACCAGGGCCUAGAAAUCAGCUCUUCCACAUCUCCAGCACUGUCUACUCACUAAUGUCACCAUCCAGGGAAUACCCUUUGGCCCCAUAGUGGCAACAUACAUACUGAGGCCAAUAAAGCAACCUGUCAGGCGAUCCACUCAAUUGGCUCUUAGGUUCUACUAUAGAAUUUCUCCAAGAUUGUCAGGAAGAAGAAAUGGAGCAGUUGAAAAACACUGAUCCAUUUCACCUAGACAGGAAAACCAGAGGACAUUAAAAUACUAGUCAUGAAAUAUGAUUCAUUUUUUGGUCAUUCCAUCAGCUUGCUGAAUAGUGUGCCAUUAGUAAUACAGUGAAUUUCUGCAAUACUCUGUGAAUCUAAUUAUUAUUCUUUAAGUGGGUGAUACACAAUAUACUUAAGUGUGUAAGCUAAAACCAGCUAUAUUUUAAGAAGUAAAUAUUUACUAAAAGUAGAAGGGAAUGUUCAGGCGGUUUUUCAGUUAAUAGAACCCAUUGUCUAUCGGAAAUGAAGGAAAGUUGAAAGAGAAUGAUAGCUAAUAACAUUAAGUGUGGAGUAAACUCAAGGCUAUUAGAAAAGAAACUAAGAGGGAGAAGUAGAGAAAUAAGAAAUGGAAAGCAAAAAAUGCCAAAGAGAAAUGAAGAUAAAGAGAAAAAAGUAUGUGCGUAAAAGUGAAACUUUACAAUAUUAAGCUAAUUAUUUCACUCUUAAAUAACAAUACUAAAAAAGUUUGUAUAUCCUGAAAUAAAAUUUUAUAACUUCACAAUAUUUUAUUUUCUACAUUUUCAAAUACUACAACAAACAUCUUAUUGUGUUAAAGCUGCAUUGUUUUCUUAAUAAACAAAAGGAAUUACAAAUACUUCUCUAAAGAAGUUCAAUAGGAUUUUGUCUCUUUAACAUUGUAAUGAGUGUAAAUCUUCAAAAAGUUAACAAUGUAUUGUCUUUUGUAGGAAGUUGGAUAAUACUAUUCUUUAAUGUUUUCUAAAUUUGAAAUAACCUGUACACUUCAAUAAUGUGAUAUUAGUUUUUAAGCUGUUAAAUCUACAGGUUGAGAAGGGAAGGAUGUUAUAUUUCCUUUUUUGUACAUAAUGGUAAUUUCAUUCCAGGUCAUAUUUUAUUUAUACAUUAUUUCACAGAAUAUUAAUAUUUCUUAACUUCUUAAAGCAUGUUACUGUUUUAUAUAUGUGUACACAUUCACUCAGACAGGGUAAUGUUUACUGUCGCCUAACAUUAUCUAACAUAUUGCUUUAUCUAUUUUAAUUACAAAAUGCUAAUGUUUGUUAAGUUAUAGUUUAAAGAUAGUGGAUCCAAGGAGCAAAUUUUCUAUCUUUAGUAUGUACCACUAUAAAUAAUCUAACAAUAGAGGUAAUCCAAGACAACAAUAACAAACUAUGCUUUGUCUUUAAUAAAAGGGAUAGGAUUAGCAAAAUGUAUUGCUGGUAUGACCCAUUCAGCUAUGUCUUUAUGUUGCAAUAAUGUAACCCCAAAUAUUGGAUUUGUGAACUAACAUGGCUGUGUUAAAGAAGAUUAAAUAAACCAAAAAAUAAAAGGUAUAUAACAAUGUCACUUUUUGGCAGAACAAUUUUACAACAGCAGAAAGAAUGAUUUUUAAACUCUCCUGCAAAUGUUGCAGUAAUGUUGAUUGUUUCAGUCUUGAUUUCCCUAUUAACUCUGCUUUCUUUUUUCCCUGAUCUCAUUUAGAAAUCCAACUCUCAUUCUUCAAGUUAACUUUCUUGACAUUACUUGCCAGCUCUGAAUAGCAUCUGAAUUUACUGAAGCAGCUUGAUGAAUUUGAUAGUUCCAUCUGCAUUAUUGUUGUAUUGUAUCCAGACCUUUUAAUACCUUGAAUAGUUCUACAAACAUGAAUUUAUCGAACUAUGGGUUCAGUUUAUUCACUCAGAUAAACCUUUGUCUUCUGUAGAGUCAUAGACUGAGCAGAAGACUGAAUUUCUUGCAGGGCCCAAAGCAUGCCUGUUUAACCUUUUAAGAUCUACUGUCGCUUCUUACAGCCAAAGGGUUGGAGGAUCCAGAGCUAGCAUAAUGUUUACAUCUCCUUUACAAAAUGUUUUUAUCCAUUUGUUCCUAUAACAUAGCUGUUGUCAC